GCACUCACUCUGAUGCCAUCGUCGUUCUCUCGGAAAGCGCCUCUUCUCCAAGCUUUACCCCACGCUCUGGUGCCAGAUCGGGACCUUAUCUGGUUCUGUUAGGGUUCUACGCCUCUAUAUGCUGUCUGGUUUGCUGAUUCGAAGCUCAUUUUUCUGGAUUUUGGUUGUGAUUUGAAAGCUGCGUGUCUGGACGUUGGUUUCUCGUGCGCGCGUGUCGUUUUUGUCUGUUUCGAAAAAGUUUGCGUCGAUUUCGAGAUGCCCUGGGCCUCCCGGUGGGAUUUUGUGUGAAGGACACAAGGUUGGUAAUGGCUGCCUCGGAAGCCCUAGUGCGGGUUGCGUAGGCUUUGAUCUCGCCGAGCGUUUUUGUUUAUGGGAUUCGUUGAUGGGUGAGUGGAGUUCCAAACUGCUUUUGAUUCUGGUUUGGGAAUUGAGGUGACUUGAACAAAAUUGGAGUUAGAGCGUUUUCCUGUGAAGCAAAUUGGGUUCUUUUGGAUUCCAUGUCAGGGACUCCGAAGGUUCGCUCCCUCAAUGUGUCCGAUUCUGAGGCGAGACCAGUCCUAGUGCCUGGAGGAAACCAGGCAAGGUCUGUGGCAGCUGGUCAAAAGCCAGCUUCGAAGGCUUUGAAUAAAACUAAGAGCACAGAGGUUGCAAUUGCCGAGGAGGAGAAGAAGAAGGUUGCCAGUCCUGUUGCUGAUCUACCACUCAUUCGGUCUAGUCUAAGCGCUCCCUCAGCUCUUAGGAAGCACGAUUGGAUUUUGCAAUCAAAUUUGUCGAUGAAUGCUUCUUGCUCCUCGGAUACGUCCACAGAUUCAUUCUGCAGCCGAACUUCCAGAGGAAGAAUUGGUAGGUCAAACUUGAUGAGCAAUCGGAAACAGAGCCUUCCUAGAUCAGGUAAGAUUGUAGCGAAGGCAGAGAAGAAUGCUCCAGAUGAUGUAGCCAUGCGUAUACCAGAACUUGUGCACGGAAAGAGCAAGUGCGCUUGGAUGACAGCCAACACAGAAUCAUGUUAUGUUUCAUUUCAUGAUGAAGAAUGGGGAGUUCCUAUUCGUGAUGAUAAGAAAUUGUUUGAGCUUCUUGUACUAUCUGGUGCACUCGCUGAGCUUGCUUGGCCAGUUAUCCUCACUAAAAGGCACAUUUUUAGGGAUGUUUUCUUGGAAUUUGACCCUGUUGCAGUUUCCAAAUUGAAUGAGAAGAAGAUUGCUGCACCUGGAAAUACUGGUAAUUCCCUUUUGUCAGAGCCAAAGUUGCGAGCUAUCAUUGAGAAUGCACGCCAGAUACUCAAGAUAAUAGAUGAGUUUGGAUCAUUAGAUAGAUACUGCUGGAGCUUCGUGAACUACAAACCUAUUAUCAGCAAAUUCCGCUAUCCACGUCAGGUGCCUGUUAAGACUCCAAAAGCAGAUGUCAUAAGCAAAGAUAUGGUUCGGCGAGGCCUUCGCAGUGUGGGUCCAACCGUCAUCUACUCCUUCAUGCAGGCUGCUGGACUGACAAACGAUCACCUCAUUAGCUGCUUCCGGUUCGAGGAGUGCAUAGCAGCUGCUUCGCCAAAUGUAAAUGAAGUCCUAGAAGCUAAGGUGAACAUCAACCCCCAAGACAAAGAGAAGAACCUUAUAAGCCAGGAUUAACAGCAUGCAUUGGUUCAGAAUUGCCAAGAGCUGUGGAGGAGAUGAACAUUUCGUAGCUAUUUAGUAAGGGAAAAUGCUCUAAUUCUGAACACCUAUUAUGCUUCCCACUCCCUUUGAAUGUAGCAGCCUAUGUAAAUAAACUUGUCUGAGAUUUAUGCUUCUUGUUUGUAAAUCCGACUCUAGUUUAGUCCAAUGUUUCUGGUAGAGAAAAAUGUUGAUAAUGUUGCAUUUUCUUUCGGCGGUGGAUCGGCCUGUAAACCUUUUUGCUAUGCGCAGUAUAAUUAUUUUGCAGGUACA